AUGGAAGAAAUAAAGUACUCUGCAGAAAAUUUCAAUAAAAGGAAACACCCACUACAUAAGGCAAACAUAGUAACAAAAACAUUUUUCUGUUGGCUGUUACCAUUCUUUGUAAGAGGUUUUAAAAAAGAGUUAACUGAAGAUGAUAUGUAUGGCACUCUCAAAUCACAUGAUUCAGGUUUGUUGGGUGAUAGGUUACAGAAGGCUUGGAACCACGAAGUGGCGAACAAAAAGGAUCCUUCUUUAUGGAUAGCAAUUCUUAAAGUCUUUGGAAUCGAGCUAUUGCUAUGUGCUCUCUACUUUGGUUUUAUAGAAUUUGUAAUAAAAUUAUCUCAGCCGAUAUUAAUCUCGAAGCUCCUAACCUUCUACGAGCCUAACCAGACCGCAAUGAGCAAAGAUGAGGCCUGCAUUUACGGAGCACUAUUGGUUCUCUUUACUCUUUUAAGAGUGGUGCUAACGCACAAUUAUCUCCUUCAAACUCUGCAAUUAUCUAUGAAAAUAAGGGUAGCCACUUGUUCUUUGAUUUAUCGAAAAUCACUGAAACUGAGUAAAUUUGCUUUGAUCGAAACAACUAUUGGACAAAUGGUCAACCUGCUCUCAAAUGAUGUUUCCAGGUUUAAUACAGCUACUCAGUACGCAAAUUAUUUGUGGUUGUCACCACUUGGGACUGCUUUAGUUAUGUACUUAUUGUAUAUUAAUGUUGGAAUUACAGGAUUGGCUGGAACAUUUUUCUUGCUUCUAUUCAUUCCUUUUCAGGUGUAUAUGGGUAAAAAAACCUCCCAAUUUAGACUAAGGACAGCUUUGCGGACAGACGAAAGAGUACGUCUGAUGAGUGAGAUAGUAACAGGUAUUCAAGUCAUCAAAAUGUACACAUGGGAAAAGCCUUUCGCUAAACUAGUUGAACUAUCGAGAGAGAAAGAAAUGCAGCAGAUUUGGAGCAAUGAAAUAAUAAAAGGCAUUGCCAUGUCAUUCAAUCUGGUAUUAAACAGAGCGGCAGUUUGUAUAUGUAUACUAACUUAUGUUUUAAGUGGAAAUGUAGUUAAUGCCACAUAUGCUUACACUGUUUCUUCGUAUUACGCUACAUUGAGGCAAGUUGUGGUAAAGUUCUUUCCAGAAGCAGUAACACAGCUAGCUGAAACUAAAGUGUCGGUGUCCAGAAUCAGAACAUUUUUGAUGUACGAAGAAAUAGAAGUUAAUUUUGAUUUUAAUGUUGCUGCAGAUAACAAACGCUCUAAAUUACAGAAUGGAGGAAUGAACAGUUCGUUGAAAACAAGUUAUCCAAAUCAACCUGUAGGCAUACAGCUGAAUAAGGUAUCAGUAAAAUGGAUUAAGUCACUACCUGACAACGCGUUAGAAAAUAUAACUUUUGAUGUCAAUUCGAAACAGUUAGUAACUAUCAUCGGACCCGUAGGGGGUGGUAAAACCACCCUUCUCAACACCAUCCUAAAGGAGUUACCUCCAGUGGAAGGUACAGUAAAUAUAAGAGGAUCCAUAUCCUACGCCUCCCAGGAGCCAUGGCUUUUCGGUGGAAGCGUCAGACAAAACAUAAUUUUUGGUCAAAAAUUUAACGCCGCGAAAUAUGACGAGGUGGUAAAGGUGUGUGCUUUAGAAAGAGACUUUACUCUUUUUCCUUACGGAGACCAAACUCUUGUUGGCGAUCGAGGUACCACCCUUAGUGGGGGACAAAGAGCUCGCAUAAACCUUGCCAGAGCAGUGUACAAGGAAGCAGACAUAUACUUGUUAGACGACCCUUUAUCAGCUGUAGACACGCAUGUAGGAAGACAGUUGUUUGAUCAAUGCAUUUGUGGAUACCUAAAAGACAAAUGCGUUGUACUUGUAACUCAUCAAAUCCAGUAUCUUAAAAAUGUAGAAACUAUUUACUUAAUUGACACUGGGAAGAUUUACGUUUCGGGAUCUUAUUUAGAUUUGCAAAGUUGUGAUAAUGAGUUUAUAAAGUUGUUGACAAAUUCUGAUAAAGAAAAGGAAGAUGAUGAACAAAGUCCUUCAAUUGAAAAAAAGUUCAAACUAGUAAAUGCGGGAAACCAGAACAAUACGACCAGAGAGGCACCAAUUCAGCAAAAAGAAUUCAAAAGAACAGGAGAUAUAUCCUGGUGUGUUUACAAAAAUUAUUUUGUAUCUGGAGGAAGCUGGAUCAAAAUAUUGUUGCUCUUAUCUACUUUUAUUAUUUCGCAAGUUGCAGCUAGUACAACGGACUAUUUUGUCAGUGUGUGGGUCAAUUUAGAACAAUGGAGGGUCACACAGUAUAAAACAGUCCUCAACAACACCUUUUCGGAAAAUUCUCAAGGACGUAGUAAACAGGACUUAUUUCAGUCAACGCUGGAUUUGAUUUUGACAAAGAAUAUUUCAGUGGUUAUAUAUACAUGUUUGAUUAUUGGCACAAUAACCGUGACUUUAACGAGGUCAAUCAGUUUCUUCAAAUAUUGUUCUGUUGCUUCCACCAAAUUGCACAACCUAAUGUUUGAUAAAAUCGUAUACGCUCCUAUGAGGUUCUUCAACUUGAAUCCUCCAGGAAGGAUCCUUAAUAGAUUUUCGAAAGACAUUGGAGCUGUAGAUGAAUUAUUACCAUUGUCUCUUUUGGAUACUUUAGAGACUGGUCUAAAUGUUGCAGCAAUUAGUUUAGUCAUUGGUUCACUUAAUCCUUGGAUUUUGUUACCUACUUUAGUUAUUCUUGUAAUAUUUUAUUACUUGAGAGUUGUAUUUUUGGCUACUAGCAGAGCUGUGAAACGAAUUGAAGCAACUACUCGCAGUCCUAUUUACACUCAUUUAUCCGCAUCUUUACAGGGAUUAACUACUAUAAGAGCCUUCGGAGCGCAAAAUAUUUUAAAAAAAGAGUUCGAUAACUAUCAGAACAGAAAUACUUCUCCAUGUUACAUGUUCAUUGCGACAAACAGGACUUUUGGAUUCUGGUUAGACUUCCAUUGUGUUAUUUACAUAGCACUUGUUACUGUUAGCAUUUUAUUUAUUGAAAAAGAGGUAUUUGGUGGAAAUGUAGGUUUAGCUCUCACUCAAUCUAUAAGUCUCACCGGAAUGUUCCAGUGGGGUGUCAGACAAUGGAGUGAAUUAGAAAACAACAUGACUUCGGUGGAAAGAGUGCAGGAGUAUACCGAAGUUACUCCAGAAAAAGACGAAACAACUAAACCUUUUCUUAAAUUUUGGCCAGAGGAAGGUACUAUUGAAUUCAUAAAAAUGUGUCUAAGGUAUAGUCCAGAUGAUUCUUAUGUUCUAAGAGACCUGACCUUUGAGAUUAAAUCGAAUGAAAAGAUAGGCAUUGUUGGAAGAACUGGUGCAGGAAAGUCAUCCCUUAUAGCGGCACUCUUUCGUCUUACUGACAUAGAGGGAAGUAUAGUAAUUGAUAAAGUAGAUACGAGAGAUGUUCCUCUAAAUACCUUGAGGUCAAAGAUUUCCAUUAUACCGCAGGAACCAGUGUUGUUUUCAGGAACACUUAGAAAGAAUUUAGAUCCAUUCGAUGAGUACAGUGAUGAGAUCCUGUGGAAUGCUUUGGAAGAAGUAGAACUAAAAAACGCAAUAUCUAGCCUUGCUGGAGGUUUAGACAGCAAAAUGUCUGAAGGGGGAUCAAACUUCAGCGUAGGACAGAGGCAACUUAUGUGUCUGGCAAGGACCAUAAUUCGCAACAACAGAAUUCUCGUACUGGACGAAGCUACUGCAAAUGUAGAUCCUCAUACAGAUGGACUGAUUCAAACAACGAUCAGGAAGAAAUUCGCGAAUUGCACUGUUUUGACUAUAGCGCACAGGUUGCAUACAAUUAUGGAUUCAGAUAAAGUUUUGGUGAUGGAUGCUGGUAGAGCUGUCGAAUUUGAUCAUCCAUACAAUCUUUUAAAAGAUCCUGACAGUGUUUUCUAUGGGCUCGUUAUGCAAACCGGAGCUCGGAUGGCAGAAAAUUUAAUAUCCGUAGCAGAACAAAGCUACAGAAAAUUACCUCACUAAUUUUAUAAAAAUUGUAUUAUUUAUCUAUCUUCCUAGUAUAGGUAUACGUUGUAAGUGUUUUAAGUGAU